GUAUCACAGCAGUCAGCCAAACGGCAGCCAGAGCACACACACACAGACACACACCAUCAACACAGCACACACACACACACACUAAGAGUGAGGACAUAAGACGAGAGAGUUAUCAGAGAGAAGAAAGGAAAGCCUCAGCUUCCACUCUUAGUCUUCUGGUUGUUUUGCAUCCCUGAUAUGACCCUGUUCAGUCCAAGAUACAUGAGCAUGAGUGGAGAGUUGAAGUCAAGCCGCUCCAGGGCAGCCAGUAAGAGGGCCAGCAACACCACUUAUGGAUCUGACUUCGACCUGGACUAUGACAGCUACCAUGAGGACCACUAUGACAGGGUGUAUGACUACCAGCGUGUGCCAGCAUCCCUCUCUCCUCUACCCCUGGGACCCAGUCUGGCCAAGCGAUCCCGGUCCUCCUCUUACUCCUCCGGGCACAGACGCAGUCGAGACAGAACCCACUCCAAAAGCUCCAGAGCACACUCCACUAAUUCUACCACAGCCAAGUUGGGGAUGGAGGAGUUGCAGGUGAUUAAAAAGGAGCUGACUCUGAUAAAGACACAGAUCGAUGGGCUGCUUGACAGUCUUGACAGGAUGGACACACAGAGGAAUGACCACAAAGGGUCUCCCCUUAGAGAUGACAGUCCAGUUGGUUCACCAUAUCCUCUGUCAGCCAGCAGCCCAGAGCACUCCCUCUCCUCCCUCUCCCCUCCCAGCUCCCGCCAUCAAAUCCACAGGGAGAGCCCCGACCUGAGGGAGCCCGAUGACGACCACCACACGAUGAGCCACCACAGCUCUGACCCUGAGGAGGAAAUAUGAGGGAGGAAUAUAAGAAAACGACACGGAUUAAGUGCCAAACAUGGAGGAAGAGAACAUAAACCAUCGCGCUAACACCCAUAUCAGAGCCUCAGCAUAGGGUGCACAUAUCAUAAAAUAUAAAACAUUUAUUUGUACCACAGUAGCUUGAUUUUCCAAAAACACUGACACAGGUGGCUUAGAAAAAUACACAGCAUAUCUGACUGACAAGAAUUCUUUAGGUUGGUCUGAAAGCAUGUGAGCAAGACAGUGAUAGUAUCUAGAAAGUAAUUAGAAAGGACAGCUGGAAGCAGAGUGGUGAAUUUAACCUACCUACCUACCUAGUAUUAAUCAAAAAAUGGUGGUGUUAAUCUGUAUUAGGUGAGACAAUAUAAUGUGCUGAUUAAAUCACAUUGAUGCCAGCUUAUCAGUUACCAGUCAUGUUAGAAUAAAGUUUUCUGCUGAAAACAUGCCACAUAUUCCAGUAUCAAACUACACACAUAUUAGUAAUUUAUUUAUAGCGUUGUUAGGAGAGUUUCUUCCAAGAAAGAAACAUCAAAGUGAUAUAACAUUAAAGAAAAAUUGGAGCAUUUAAAAUUCUGUUUAUGAAGUUAUUUAACUGGAUAGUACACAAACUGAUGAAAACCAUGUAAACAUGAGUUUAAAUAUUCCUUAUACAAUGUUAUUUCAAAAUAAGACUAUACUUGGAUUAUUUUGUGCAUCUGCAGAAAAAUGAAAAUUCACUCUCUGUAUCUCAAAGUAUUUUCAAACCUGCUCACUUUCAAAUGAGGCUUUUUGCUGACACUCAUUUCACACUUUAUCUUUAUUGUAAACCUCUUUGAUAUCAGCAUUUAGCUGGAUGAUCAUUCAGAAAAGUUUGUUUUUCUGCUUUUAUGUAUCAGUAUGAUCCUCCAGAAUGUGUAAAGACAUGUUCAACCUGUCACACUUUUCAGACAUACAAGCACUUUCUCUGUGUUAAGUGUAUUAGAGGAAUGUCACGACUCUCUUCCGCUAUGUAUUUGGCACUUUAAGAUGUGCAGAGGCCCAGGUCAGUGUGUAAUAUUGUGUAUUAUUGUAUACUUUACUGUAAUUGUUUAGCUGUCUGAUUUUAAUCUUGCUUUAGGACUUCUCAUGUGUUUUUUAAGGGAAAAACAAUGAUGUUAUUAUAAUUCCUAUGGUGUUACAUGUUUUUGUUUGCAUUCUUAAGAUAAGCCAAGUGGAAAUACUCAUUGUCACUGUAGUAAAAGUAUUUUCAUAUUGAGUAUAAA